GGCUGGCAUGGCAUGGCGCGGAGCGGCCGGGAUGAGGGAAGAGAGCGCAGUGACCUUCGAUGACGUGGCGGUCCAGUUCUCGCAGGAUGAGUGGCGGGGCCUCCAGACGCAGCAGAAGGAUUUGUACAGGGAGGUGAUGACCGACAAUUAUCUCAACCUGACGUCACUGGGACUUACCAUUUCUCCCCCGGAGAUUGUGGUGAAGAUGGAGAGGGGGGAGGAGCCGUGCGCCGCUGCUGCUGCAGGUGACAGGGUGUUGAACGGAGACGCUGCGGACCGCCAUGAGAGUCUGUGGGGCGAAGACCGAGCGGAGGAGGGGGGCCGGGGCGUCAGCCCGUCAGGGGGCGUGGUCACUAGAAGGUCCUUAAGAUUAGUGAAAAGAUACUCUGGACAGUGGUCAGAAGAGCGAAGAUCGAAGGCGAAGCCGGAGGAGAGGACGGCAGCGGCGGAUGCUCCUGAUCGGGCCCCCGAGGACUGGCGCCUACCUGCUGAUCUCUGCGGAGGCCUCAGUGAUGGCAGCAGCAGCAGGAAACCGUGUAAGCGGGCGGCGGACAGCGAGGGGAAGCUGCACACGUGCGGCCAGUGCGGAGAGAGCUGGGGCCGCCUCAUCGACCUCCUGACGCACCAGAUGGGCAACUGCCAGGACCGGCCGCACCGCUGCAACAUCUGCGCCAAGACCUUCGCCAAAAAGCAGCAUCUGAGCGCCCACCGGAGGACGCACACCGAGGAGCGCCCCUACGUCUGCAACCAGUGUGGGAGGAGCUUCCGGCAGAACUCCACCCUCACCACCCACCUGUGGAGCCACGCCGGCCACAAGCCCUUCCACUGCUCCUGCUGCCCCAAGAGCUUCAGCCGCAAGACGGACCUGGUGGCCCACAUGAGGAGGCACACGGGCGAGCGCCCCUACGAGUGUCCCUACUGCUGGGACCGCUUCAUACGGAAGAAGUCUCUGCAGCGCCACCUGCAGAAACACGCGGGGGAGAACCUGAGGACGGCCUGGCAGCCCAGCUACCCCCGAAUGAAGCAGAGCGAGGGGAACAUGAAGACGGAGGAGCUCCCUACAGAAGAGCUGCCCACCAGAGAGCGUCACCGUCAGCGGGAUGCAGAGCGGAGGGUGGAGUCCUCGUAUGUAGCGUGCCCACCGCCGCCCCGACAGGAGUCAAACCCACUAGUGGAACCCAUAAAAUUGGAGGUGGAAGACGAGAGGCACCAACCUGAGGGCGUCCCCAAGGUGGAGCAGAGCACCCAGACGGAGAACAAGAGGCCCGGUCGGCUGCACCAGGAGAUGCUGCGGGAGCUCAAGAGGUUCCGCAGGAGCGCAGCGCAGGCUCAGCAUGAGCGGGACCUUAUGAGAUCGGCCAUGGACCAGAUGGCCCAGGAGAUGAAGGAGCUGAAGGAGAUGGUGGCCUCACUCUGCUCCUCCAGCAGCCGCCAUCCUUCAGCGCAGUCGUCCUCCAUGUUGGUGCAGAAUUCCUGUCCGGUGUGGAGCCGGACCCCCGAGGACAGACAGUCUACAGAGUCCAGCCGGGCGUCCCCCGAGAGCAGCCUGCAGUGCGGGUACGGCUACCCCCUGGAAGCCCUGACCGAGCAGAGCCAGGAGCCGGUGUCUUGGAUGUACCAGAACCCCCAUCAUGACGAGGACGACAUGUUACCCACCACCACCAUCAAACGUGAGGAGGAGGAGGAGGAGGAGGAGGAGCUCAGCCUGUCCCCCGAGGCCGGCUACUACCAGCAUUCCCAGUAUGACUCCUGUAGGAUUGGUGAGCGCCUCCCAAACAUCUCCAUGAUGCCCCUGAGUGCGGAGAAGGAGUGGGGCCUCCUAGCCCGGAGCGCCGGGAAGCCGGGGAGGUUCGCCGCCCUCCUGUUCCGGGCUCUGGUCCCUUUUGAUAUCUACAAGAGUUGGGUGAACAGAGUCAACCUGGACGGCCUGAGGGGCAGACAGGGGAUCCCGCUGAACGUGAAGAGGCGCGUGAUGGCCGUGGUUGAGCGCCACUUUGCCCUGCGCAAGUCAGACCACAGCGAGAUCCGCAACAGGCUCAACGAACAGCUGCGCACCCGGCGCAAGAGCGACAAACACCCCCAGGCCGGACUGUCAGAAGUACCGCUCCUCAACAGGUAGAAGCCGAGGAGCAUGGGGCAUCCAACACGAGCAGCCUUCCUGACCUACUCUGCUGCACUCCACAGUAUGAGAGUAUCAGAGUUAUUAUAUACAGGAGAAAGGAUUGAUCCUCCGGGACUGACCUCCCAUAAAGCCUUCAUGUAUUGCCAGGUAGUCACACAAUGGACGGGGUGAUGAGGUGUACUCCUCAGUUAUUAAAGGGUAACCCCACAGCUGCCCCCAAAUACGACCACUGACAUUACAGACCUUGUCCUGGAGGUAGGUCAUCCUCCAGCCUGGGUGACAUGUAAGUCCGUGUGAUGAAGUGGUCCGCCACUCCAUGCUGCACAGGCCGCACCGCAGACCGAGAGAAGACUAGAGAGGACGCAUACUCCUAAAGGGACUUCACCACCAUCAGGCCACAUGUUCCAUUUUUUUAUUCAUUUUUAUUUUAUCUUACCAUGCAGAAUAAAUGAUGAAAUAUUGCAGUUUUCACAGUGGCCACUAGAUGUCGACAACGGGCACUUUAACUUGGCGGGAAGACAGCAGCUUGCUUUACAGCCUGUGGUAAAGGUGAUUGUUAUUAGCUUUAUAGACCAAGAGCUCAUGGAAAGGUCUGCUGUGCCUCCCGAAAUAAGCUUGUGGACUAGAGGCAUGAGGCACCAGGGAGUGAGGUUAUCUG